UCCUGUGCGUGUGUCGCCAACUGAGCCAUCAGGAGCCAAGGAGGAGGACGAUGCUAUGCAGAUGGUGCAUUCAGGGUUUCUUACAAACCUGUAACCGCAAUUAUCCAAAAUAUGGAAGAAGCAAAGGACUGUUUGGCGUUUAAAGGUGUUGCUGAGAGACUGACACUCGGCAUUACUCGUAUACUCGAGAACAUGCCUGGUGUGGUCGAUGUGCGCUUUGCAGAGAGGGAGCCUGCAGAGAAGAGGAGCCUGCUGUCAUGGGAACAGAAAAACACAUGCAUUUUACCUGAGGAUCUGAGAGACUUCUAUCUGACAACUGAUGGAUUUACGCUCACGUGGAACGUUAAACUAGACAAUGAGUGUGUUCCUUUAGGAUGCAUGACUAUUAACAGCGUGGCCAGGCUGUGCCCGCUGCUUCAGCCGGUAUCUCUCUUCGCUCUUCCCAAUGCGCCAUCACUGGCCGACCUGGACUGGGAGGAAGGCAACAGAGAAAGUGGGUUGGCGCCCGCUGCCCCUCAUUUUGACUCCCGGAGCCGAAUCUUCGAGCUGGACUCCUGCAGUGGGAAUGGCAAAGUGUGUCUAGUCUACAAAAACUGCACUCCAGGUGUUGUGGCCCAGCAGAGUGAAAUCUGGUUCCUAGACCGUUCACUGUGCUGGCAUUUUCUGACAGCAACCUUUACCUCUUACUACCGACUGAUGAUAACCCACCUGGGUCUGCCUGAGUGGCAGUAUGCUUUCACCCCAUAUGGCCCCAGCCCCCAGGCUAAGCAGUGGGCAUCUCUCUACCAGCCCCUGACCUUUAGCUGUGAGCCCGGACUCGCAGAUCCUGCUGGAGAUUCUUAUCUCAACAAGCUGGAUCCUACCAGGGCCUUCAAAGGCAAAGCCAAGGCACCGGCCCCAAAGAAGAAGCAGUCGGCACAGGGCAGCUCGGGGGGCACCGCCAAGGGCCAAGGCAACGCAGGAAGACACGGUGGAGCAAAGCGGUGUCGCAAGUGGUGUCCCACCCGAUGAAACCUGAAGGAUUAAGUUUUUGGUCCAAGCUUUCUGGAGCUGGAGAAGACACAAAUUAAUGUUUUGCCCUUAGGUUGUUGUCCACCUGAUUGGUGAAACGACAAUUGUCUUUGAUUGUGCUGCUGCUCUUUGAAGCUGUGAGGAGCCAACGCUUCACUGUUUUGAAAAGACAAAUGCUUCUUUUAAAUGUACAAUAUUUAGACAACCUGAAGUUUUUAAUAUCACCUUAAGCCAGUGAUUCCCAAAGUGGGAGCUUUUGUGUGGAGGGGAGGAUGGUGGGGGAGUACGGGUUGCGGAGAGGCCGUUAAAUGAGGUUUACUCGAGCACUGCGAGCAUAUCUACAUAUAUAUAUACGGAGAGGUUUGUGAGAGGGUUCUCAGCUAAACAUAUAGCAGAGGAUGAGUCUUCCAUCAACUUAAUACACAACUUCUGAAGGCAAGAAAAUAUGACUAGGCAUAUAUCGCCCUCGGUUUCACCAGUACAACAGAGGUUAACAAGGAGAGACAACAGUGUGUUACGUGUCUACAAAUAUUAGCUGUUGACAGUAAAGCUGGACAAGUUAAAAAAGCCACAAAGAGACAGCACAUCCAGACCAUAAGGACAAGCCAACAGACUGUUGUGCACAAAAAAAGUUCUUUGUAAAAGCAGCAUCUGUGUCUUCAAAUGCUCAACUUGCCGCAUAUAACGUGGAAUGUGGGGUUGCUCGGUGUAAAACCCACACACUACGGUGGAGGAUUGAGUACAUCCCUCUGCUGUUGAUUUGGUCUCAGUCAUCGUUGAUUUAACAGACUUAAAGCAACUCCUCUAUCAAACAAUGCAAUCUGUCAGAGGACAAGAGGAACAGCUUAAUGACAAGGUACGAGAAAGAUGCCAAACAGCAAAGACUGUUUAGUCAGAUAUGUUAAAAAAGGGAUAAGGGGAAUGAUCCCCAAAACCCCCAAAAUAUUCUUAUUUACAAUAGGGGGGCCUUAAAGAAAAGCACUGGGAACCACUGCCUUAAGUUGUCUCCUGUUGAUUGUCACGACGAAUGUUAACGUUGCAUCAUCUGCUAUCGCCUCUGCACUAUAAACACAACGUUUAAGCCGG